AUGAGUGCAAAAGAAGCACUAAAGCCAAAAGUUGGUUCUACAAAGAAGGAAGAGAAGCGCAAACAGAAGAAAGAGAAACUUACCCAAGAAUUAGCAGCUAAAGAAGAAGCUAAAGCCGAGAUGCGGAAACAAGAAGAGCUUGAAAAGAAGCAAGCUCAGGUUGAGCAAGUUCCCGAAGCACAAGCUACUAUGGGCUCUGCAUUUGCCGAGUUAGUUACUAAAAUUGCAUUAGAAGGUAGCCAGAAAGAAGCAGAUCCACGUCGUUCACAAAAGAAGAGCAAACAUAAUGCUAUCCAAAAUGCAAAAGCCAUGAUUGCAAGUGCAGCAUUCCAGUCUAACCCAGAAAUGGCCUUUUCAGUAAUCAACGCACAAUUACAACACAAAAUUCCGAAAUAA